UAUAAGCGUGCGCGGAUUUUUUACCGGCAUUCGAACUAGUUCAACCAAACUAGGCAAUCCUAAACAAUCAAAAAUGAGAUUCGCCGUACUUAUCGCCUGCGUUGUGGCAGUUGCCAGCGCUCAAUUCAACCAGGGACAAUACUUCCCCCAAAAGGAUCAGAGUGGUCAGUACCAGAAGCCCAACCAAUACAAACCCUUCAACAACCAAUUCAAUGGACGUAACCAAUACAACCGUUACCAACCCUACCAGCCCACCUACAAACCUUUCGUCACUUCCACCGCCUACCCCAUCCGCCCCGCAGUAACCGUUACUCAGGCCCCAGUUGCCGUUGCUGAAGUCAAGUUAGCCCCUGUCUCAGCCCCAAAACCAGUCUCAUACCCCGCCGUUGCUGUCGCCAAGGUUGCCGCUGAUGCUCGUUCCGCUGAAACCCUGAAGUACGGUAACGCAGUCGAAGCUGACGGCAGCUACAACUACUUCUUCGAGACCAACAACGGUAUCACCGCUCAAGCCCAGGGUGUCCCACGUACCUUCAGCGGUAACCCCCCAGUAUCCCCAUCUGUGUCCCAAGGAUCUUUCUCCUGGACCUCUCCCGAAGGAGAAGUUAUCUCAAUGACCUACGUCGCCGAUGAGAACGGUUACCAGCCCCAAGGAAACGCUAUCCCCCAGCCCCCAGAAGUACCCGCCCAGAUCGCCCGCGCUCUGGAGUACAUCGCUAAAUACGCCCCCGUCGUCAGGGAAUAAAUAGGAUCAACAAUGACAUUCACAUCAAACUAGUUUAAAAUUAGUGCCAUUAUUCUGUUGUUGCAUUUUCUUUAUCUGUUAUCGUGUACAAACAAAUAAAUUAUAAAAUUAUCUGUA